AUGCCAGCUUCGUACAGCCGAAUGGCACCCCCCGUCCGACCAUCUCGUUCGCUCGAGGGACUCGAACGAGUAAUCCCACCACUCUCGCCACUGCCACCGCUGUCACCAAAUACCUUCGCUACUCGUUCCGAUCUCUUUCUCAAUAAACCUCUCCCCGCAGAACCCCUUCCCGAGCAGCCAGAAUAUUCGGCUAUAUGGAGUGACUCCAGCGACAGUGAAAGUACACUCGAUAGCAUCACCGUAUCCAGUGAACCCCGUAGCUCAGCAGAUAGUUAUCCCAUUUUCGUCAGUUCUGGCUCCGAAUUUGACGAUCUAGUCGAUCACCCAACUCCAUCCGAUCAACUGGAACUAUCCCCGCAAUCUCACAAACGCACGCACUCUAUCGCUAUCAAUAUACCAACUGUCGAGCCCUCGUCAGUCUCGUCUUCAUUUUCUGACACCCCGUACGGGCGUCCAUCGAAUUGGAUCCCAAACCGCACAGGUACAAAUCACUAUUUUCGCGAGAAGAAGUGGGACUAUUUCCCCGAAUUGGCGCCUUCCGCUCUACAGGCCGGGGGUCGCCUCAGCCCAAAUAUGGUUGCACGCAGCAAAACCCGCAAAAUGGGCAACCCACUCGAGUUUGCCAAGGGCAAGUGCCGCUGGCAUUCGCUCGACCGCGGCGGUUUCGGCGGAGUUCGCAACUCAAUCAAGACCUAUGUCCACCGCACUCUCUCGCGCGACUCGACAGAAAACAAACCGAAGGAUAUUCCCCGCCCGGCGACAGCGCCCAUGGACCACCACCUCAACGAUGUAGGCGGUGCACUCGCCAGCACAGCCCCGGCACCCCAGCAAUCCUUUUUGGCCUUGAACACCAACGUCGAGCGAGCCACAUCUGUGGCUACGUCCUCGAGCACCGAAUAUGACUAUACGAACCACAAGUUCCAUCUUCAAACACCAAUCUCACCAACAUCGCCUACUUCGAUCUCAUCUCCCACAACACCGCGGCCGAAACAACUGGCGGUUCCGCUAUCCGCCUACCAAAAACACGGCUCUGUGAUCUGGGAAUCGCCCAAAAAGUCCAAGCGGAACGUUCAAUUCCCGAGAUAUAAAUGUCCGUCCGGCUCUCUAGAGCCAUCGUCAUCGACUCCUGACUUAUCUCGUGUAAAUGCCAUCCCUACUUCGUCCCCACUGCGGAAGCAGUCCCAGAACAAUACCCGAGGGGUGUUCCUAGGUGCGAAGAAGAAGAUUGCCGAGUCAAAGGAUGAUCGCAGACGGGAGCAAUUGAAGGCUCAGAUCAAGUUUGUUGGGCCUGUCAACCCGUAUACUUGCGCGCAGACCGAUCCAUGGAUUUGA